AUGGCAGGCAUCCCAUCAGGUGAAGGCAGCGGCGAUGCCAGGGAUCGCAGUAUCCCGGUUUCGGAAUUGUUUACGCCUUUCCCUUCUUCUGUUACCAAGUUUUUCUGCGAAUACGACUUGGACCUCAUCGGAGAGAUGUGGUCUGGCCUUAGUGAUCUUCCGUUUGACGAAGGGUUAGAGGCCCAUGGAAAGUUGUUAGAUGAUGGAAAGAAACCUGUUUGUGCUGAAGAACAACAUCAGGUCUAUAGUGAAUGCCACCUCCUCCUCAGCCGCCGCCGCCUACCUCCGCCGGUGCUCCCGACCUUGCGCCAGGACAUCCAGGCCGCCGAGCUGCGUGGCCCGCUCGGUCGGCCUCCUCCGGGCGGCUGCCGGAUCGGGCUGCCGGGGGUGCUGUACUGGAGCAGCGGCGACGGCGGCAGAAGCAGGCUGCUUGCGGCGCGGGCGCGCGGCAGGAACAGGUUCAGUGGCGGAGGGCGGGGAACGACCAAGGAUGAGGCGGCGGAGGAGGACGAGGAGCAGGCCAUCGACGUGGUGAUCGUCGACGCAGGGGACGACGAGGAGUACGCCUCCGACGAGGUGUCUGGGUUCAGGGGCCUCGUUCUUGAUCUCUCUUACAGGACGUGGACAGAAAGGCAAUGCCCACUGCUAUGUGGUUGUUCUCUGACUUCUGCGGCAUACUUCAGAAAUCGGCAUACUUCAGCAAGACUUUUAUUCAAGCAGGCCAUCGGCAUACUUCAGCAAGACUUUUAUGCAAGCCACAGAAUUUGUGUCCAUCGGCAGAGCACUCAAGCUGAGGAAACAAGCACUACCCAUCUGUUAAAGACAGCUAACAAGCACUGUAAAUAA